UAGAUUGUAGGUCGGUAGUCGUCGUCAUCGUAGCCGUUUUUUUGGAUAAAAAAUGUCAAUCGAUUCCUGUGCGAACCACAGCUCCAAAAAGCUAUGUGAUAAAAGACACGAAAUCAACUGACGAAUCUUAACCAAACCGCUCAGUGCUGUGGCGAUUUUUCAUUCGUGGAUAGAGCAAACUGUAAUGUGCUAAAGGUUUGAGUCGAAAAUCAGAAACAGGUGUGCCUACAUCGUUGAUAUAAAAGUGGAGAUAUUUGUGGCUAUUUGUUCAACGAAAAAGUGUAUAUUCCCAGUGGUUAGAAACAAAUGAAAGAUGGAAGAAAUGCAUUCCAAACUAUUCAGUAUUCGUGGCCAGCGGCGAGCAUAAAAGUGAAUUGACGGGCGGACAGGUUGAUACAACAGCUCAUCAGCGAAGAGCACGAAAUCGUGGUGUUUCGUUUCCUGUCUGCAGCUGCCUUCAUCAGCAACCUCAUCUGUGCUAGGUGGUGCCACCACCUCUCCACUGGAAUAUCCGCGGACCGUGGAAGGCGGUUAAUGUGUGUGGCUCACUUCCGGACCGGGGGCGAAGAAGUGGGUCAGAUUGCUGCUGGGCUGUGGAGAAAAGAGCCCACUUUGCUGGGAAACGGGAAGGAAGUAAAGACAUGUGCAUAGUGAAUAAACAUUAAACUGAAACCACUGCGGCUACUGCUAAUGUUCGCAUAGGCAAAAAAUUAAAUAAAAUGACAGGUGCAUGGGCAAACAACACAAGUGCCUGCUUUACUUGCAGCCCUAAACUAAGAGAACACAUCGUAUCAACAUGAUACAAGAUAAGAGGAACGUCGUCUCGAACUGAGCAGCAUAAUAGGCUAGGAUGGGCGAGAGUGGUUCGUUGAUAGUCGUGGCCUGUUGUGAUUUCCUCCUAAGCAACGACGCCUACUAGAGACGGUUUGCUCUGUCGAGCGACGUAAAGUAGCACACGGUUGUAUUAAUUAAAUUCUUGAACGGGUGAAAUUAAUUCCAAAUUAUUCCGAAGAGGUGUCGGCUACGAAAAAGAGCCUUUAAAAGUUGCAAAUAAAAACGGUCAUACGGGAGACAGUAAAAACUAAUUCUCCCGGGAUGUACAAAAGAGGAAGAAAAAAGGUAGUAUUCCUUACUUCCGCUUCAAGUGCGUGAUCUAAAUGUAAAAAGUUAGUGUUGCGGUGGUCGAAAACGCAAAGCAUCUCAACAUCGUGUACGGUGAAUAAUAAUAUUAGACGGAAGCCAGUCUGAUUCGCUACACAGCGACUUCACCGUGGUUCCAUCGAACGAAAAGAAACAUGCAAAUUUAUUAUCCCAAAAUCGAAAUCGACGAAAAGUAGUGUGUGCGGGCCGAGAAUAUUUAUUCAACUCUUUUGUUGCUACUUCGUCCUCGCUGAGAAGGAAGUUAUUAGUGGUCGUGGAGUUGUAUUUACCCCUAAACCUAUACGGGUGGUAACGGAAACUAGAACUUGCAAAACGACAAAUCGCCACAAAAACUCAAACGAUGGACGAAGAAGCGCUGGUGGCACGGGCGAAGGAAGAGCGGGAGAAAAUUUUCUUACGCUACGACAAAGGCCGAGAGCCGGGGGCCGAAAUCGACCCGUGGGAGGAUCCGCAGUUUGAGGCGUACCACAAGAUGGAUAGGUAUGGCUUCAUCCACGACGAAAGACUGCCCCAAAAACGCGAUCCGCUCGAGGUGAAGGCGACGGAGAUCGAGCUGGAAAGAGAGAAAAAAUGGAUCAAGCUGCUCGGCAACCCCAUGCAGCCUCCCAAACGGCCCUGGAACGAUAAGAUCGUGCAGGCAAAGGUACGCAAGCGGGCCUUUAAGGGCAUUCCGGAGAAGGUGCGCGGUUUGGUUUGGCGUAAGCUGCUGAAGCUCGAAGAUGUUAUGCGGGGCGGCGAGGGUAAAUACAAGCGAAUGCUGGAGCUGGCACGCCACUGGAGCACCGAGGCUCGCCAGAUCGACAAGGAUGUGAACCGACAGUUCCGGGAUCACACCUUCUACCGGGAGCGCUACAGCGUCAAGCAGAAGAGUCUGUUCAACGUACUGGUGGCGUACAGUAUGUACAAUUCCGAGGUUGGCUACUGUCAAGGCAUGUCGGGGCUGGCAGGUGUGUUACUGAUGUACAUGGACGAGGAGGAAGCCUUCUGGGCGCUGAGUGUCCUGUUGGCCGACCCCAAGUAUGCCAUGCACGGCCUGUUUAUAGAAGGAUUUCCGAAGCUGAACCGCUUUCUAGCGCAUCACGACAAAAUCAUUACCAAAUUCAUACCAAAGCUCAAGAAACACUUCGACCGGUGUAACCUCGACUCGAUCCUGUACUCGUUGAAGUGGUUCUUCGUUGUGUUUAUUGAAAGGAUACCGUUCAGCUUAUGCUUGCGAGUAUGGGACAUUUAUCUGCUCGACGGCGAAAAGGUGGUCACUGCCAUGGCCUACAACAUACUGCGAAUGCACAAGGCACGUUUGCUCAAGCUCCGUGACAUGGACCAAAUUGUGCAAUACAUUCAGACAAAACUAUGCCAGGACUUUGGGUAUGAUAAUGACACAGUCAUUAGGAAUCUCGAGCACUGCAUGGACGAACUGCGGAAGGCUGGCUUAGAGCUCCCACCACCGCCAAGCGAAGCCGAGCUUCCGAAAAAGCCGUUCGGUGUUUUCGUUGAGCCCACAACCGCAGCACAGAUCGGUCGGCGAAAGCAGGAGUUCACCGAGACGGAGAAGGAUGUCACGGAAACCGUCAAACUAAAACGCGAAAUAACCGAACAGGAGAUUGCUAAUCUCGAUCGAAUUGCUCCGGGUGGAUCCACACAACAGCUAAAUGCGGUGCACAUACCCGAAUCGGAGGAUGGCGGCUCGAUGCUUGGAAGUUCACGUAAAUCGCUGGCCGAUACGUCCAUUACGUCCACGGCAGAUCUGAGUGUCGUGUCUGGCGGUCAAAGUCAGCGAUCGCAUCAACCCUUCGACUACUGCGUCGACGAGGAGAAGAUCCCGAGCGAAGAAGAAGGUGACGGCGAAAUUAGUCCAGUGUCCGCCAUCGGUUCAACCAGUGUGGUAGAGCGAAGCCCAUCGGCACUGCAACUGAUGACACCACGCGCCAUGUCGCCCCAAGAUGUAGUUCGCAUUUACGUGCCACCAGCGCCGCCGGAGGAACUACACAGUCUUACUCAGCACCACCUUAAGGAGGAUAGAACUACACAGGAAUGGGCGUCCGGCACGGUAAACAGUGGGCAGCAACGUAAUCGGUCCUCGCGUGGCUCAAACUUCAACGACGACGACGCGUACGAAGAGGAUGAGGAGGCACGCACGCGUCGAAAUAGUGAGAUCUAUCUCAACCAGCAACAGUGGGAAUCGGGAGGCACGCAAUUGUCAGCCGGCACCAGCAACGGGAUCAUACCGAACGGCGGUGGUGCAGGAGCUUCAACGAUGGGAACGACCAUGAUGAGUUCGUUGGUGUACGGUAGUGGACGCUUUUCGGACUAUGCAAGUGGUGAUUUCCAGGCGCAGGCAGGCUCCCCGGGGGCUCCUGGCAGCGUUCCGCCACCGUCGCACUACGCCUCGAAUGGUCGAUCUACCUCGUCGUCCCGGCGGGGCAGCAUGUCGCGCAAGUCGCCGGCCCCCAUGUUGGACAGCGAGUUUAUCAUCGAGUGUAGCCAUGUGAAAAACCGCAAGUACGUCCCGGACCACCAUAGUAGCCACAACAGUCUGGUGCUCGGUAUUGGUGGCACUGGUGAUCGUCGCUCGGGGGCACCCGGGGCCAGCCGUAACGGGUCGGAAAGCAACAUUCACCGGAUGACCUCGUUCGAGGAGCUGGCCAAGGCGGCAAAGUUGCAUCAUUUAUCCGGUGGUGGUAGCGGUAUUAUUGUACCGGGAAGCACGGUCGGUAGCACAGGCAGUCUUCUUCGAAGCAACGUCUCACCAUCAGAGGAUGGUUAUGUCGUGCGACAAACGGUCACGUCGGUUAUAAGUACAAGCGUGCGGAUGGCUCGUAGUGAAAUCUACGAAACCAUCGGUAGCCCGGAGGAUAUGGACGAUUACAACUCUGGCCGACGAGGGCGGAAACUAGAAGAGGAAGCCGAACGUUACGAUGGACACCAGGAACUGGUAGCUCCAUCCGGAUCUAUUCAAUCGCGCAUAAACUCCCGCGGACACAAGAGCGACUAUAGCAUUCAGUACAGAAAUUUGUCGCCCAAGGCAGGCCUGGGUCCGGUUUCACCGCAGAGUGAUGGCGCGGGUGAUGGCACGACCGGUGGUAGUGAGGUGGAGUAUCGGGCACUGAAAGCAACGUCCUCCCGACAGAACAGCGGCAACGAUAGUUCUCCAUUCGAUUACGAUCCGCUUCCAGCGGGGUCUGGAGGUGUCCCAACGAAAUUAUACAAUCGUUUUUUCAACAACGAUGAAGAUGAAGGAGAGGAGGAUGAAGAGGGUGAGAGAGGGCGUCAAGGAAAGAAUCACGGUGGAGCUAGACUUUACACUUCCCAUCGAGAUGACGAGGAUAAGCUUCUACUGAGCAAGCACUCUUCGGAUGAUUCUUCGACGAGUCCUCCACCACAGCAGGCGGCGAGACCCUCCCAGUUGCCACAGUACCACCCGCAUCGAUCGGACGGCGGCUACGGAAGUCAACAGCGCCAACGGCCCCGACAACGGCAGCCCGACGGCCAUAACGAGCAAAACGGUGGCACACCGACAGGUGACAUGGUUCCGCUUCUGCCGGUCUCCUCGUCUCCAACGGGUACGGCGGGGGUGUUGCCAGUGGGGAAAUUAACACGUUCCCCUCCCACUUCCCUUCCCCGAGGUCAACUGCCCACUGGUGUCAUCUCACCUACUUCUGGCAUUCCCGUCAACAGCAGCAUUCCCCGACGAAAACUUUCCUCCACGGAACCGAGUUCUCUACCGGUAGCCAAUUCCACUGGAUCGUCUGGACGUAGGCGACCGUCGAACGGCCCGUCGUCCACCAUUCCGAAACAACCUCCACCAUUAGCCGCCGUUUCUUCACCAACGUCAGGCCAAUCGCGUAUUCCCGUGUCCGGCCUAAAAUCGCCCACCUCUCCGACGGGUUCCUUCCGGAAUACGCGAAUACCAAGCAGCAGCGCUCGUGUUGGAACGACGGAUGCUAUGUCCCCUGCAACGAACCGUCGCACUGUAGGAAAUUCCUCGGACGACCGGGAUGGCGAUAUCGAGCGGCUCCCACAGUACCAAUACGGUGCGAUUCCGUCCUCCGUGCCGCCACCCGGCUCACUGGCACUAUCACCGUCCUUCCAGCGUCACGUACCCACCGACCUGGCGCUACGUUCGCCCGGUGGGUCUUCUCGUAUUGGCGGGUCCCGAUCGGCGCAUCAAAUACAUCACCAACCGGACGCGAAUCGCAUUCGCAUUCAGGUUAAUCCGUCACCUGCCUAUGGUGGCAAAUCGGGUGGCUAGAUGCUGAGAUUUGCUUCCAUAUGCGCUAAUUGGAGGCAAACUUUAAGCACACAAAUAUGUGGAAUGUGAAGAUUCCCGGAACGUCCGAUACAAAGUUCUGUUGGAUCGUCAGCUUACCCAAAUACCGAACGCAGGAGUCGAAUCUCGUUAAUAACAGCUCCACUACUUAUGCAAUGAUAAGUCCGAUUAUCUUUUUCCUUGUAUACACUAUCACUUAAACAUGCGCUUCCAAAGCGUUUUAUUCUAUUUGCUCGGGGAAUUCCCAUUGGCAUACAACUUCCUGGCGCAAAGCGGUUUUUAUGUGCCCGCGAGUUGUUUGACUGUUACUAGGACACCUAACGAACACAUUCCGUUUUUUAUAAAAGCAAUGUAUAUUUGUCAAAAUUAAUUCAAUUUCUUUCUUUUUGUCGCUUUACCCUUCUUCUAGUUCUUUUUGCCACUUUUUGAAAGUGAUUGUAACUGUGCAAUUUGUUACGAAUGGCCGAAAAGCUGACCAACGGCACGGCACCAACAUGGUGGCUUAGGUUGCUUUACCAUUGUGAAACGAGUUUUUCUUUAGUUCGUCAAGGGAUGGUUGUUUCGAACGCAUUAGAUUCGAACUUGUUUUUAUUCUCUACAUAGCUUUUUUAAGCAUUUCAUAAUUCACAAAGUAUGCUGUGAAACACGUUUUGCAACCAACCACCAGUCCCGUCCGAUUGCAGCCCGAAUGGCUGUUUCUUCUGGCAAAAAGCAACACACAAUCAGAGACAGUUGUAGGAUGUUUUCGCCCUCUGAAAGCAAUAUAAAAUUGACUGAUCAACUAUUCGUCUAACGUACAUAUAUUUGUUGCCGGGGAGGAAGGAAGAAUUUUGUUAAGUUCAUAACCACGUGGAAUCUCUGCCACACGAUGCACACGAUACUCAGUACCUUUUGCUGUGUUAUAACGAGGUUUAUCGACAUUUGUCCCGUCGCGGAUGGAUCGACCCGUUGGCAAAACCUAGGUUACGGCUUUCAAAAUCAAUAUGAAACCCAAAUCGUAACGUGAAUGAAAUAUCGAACAAGGACAAUACUAAGCUCGAAUCUCCUACGCUAAUCUCUUCUUUUGCUCUGCUUCUGCGUUACUCCUUACUUAAUCGUAAGCUCGUACGCUUCUCUUGUGCGUGGCCAGAUAAUCGGUAAAAGAAUAUACAUAUUAUUAUGGGAUUGAGAAGCAAUUACUACCACCAUUUUGUGCUGCAAUCUAUAACCUACUAAUCGUUUAAGUCUAGCUCUUUCAUCGGAUCUACCAUCGGAUGGGGUCCACUUUCUCGGGGGCAUGUUGGAAGGAGAACUGGACGUGAAGUCGUUUGAAAAGCUCGAUUAAAGUAAUGAACGAUAUGAAAAAAAAAAACCACGUUACAUAAACCGCCAAGUAGGUAAUGCUAGUAGUAGUUGUACUCGUACUGUUAAGAUGUAAAAGUGUUAAGUAGUUUGAUAGCCAAGUGGCUUCGGGACGAACGUAAGGCACGGGAGAGAAGUAAAGCAAACGAAAUGUAUGUGUUAUACGAGAUGCUAUGGAUAUGGUAGAGAACGGAGCACAGUUUGAUGGCAUUUAGGGAUGAUUAGUAGCGGAAGCAUCACUUAACCCUGUAAAAUCUUCACUAGUGUUCGUUGCUGAAAGAACAAACCCAAACAAGUGGAGAGGAGAAAUUAUACACCAUUUAAAAGGAUAAAUCAAACGAUAUUAAAAGAAUAUAUAUAUACAUCCAUAUAUGUCUCUCGGUAACGGGUUAGUGUAAAAUUAAAGCAAAUAGAGCUGACAAGAGAUUAAUGGGAGCAUUAGUGGACGCACUGUUGCGUGCGUCCCGUGCAUUACUUGAGGCUGAGGAAAAGGCGUAUGUUUUUGUUUUAUUAGAGAAAACAGUCUAUUUACCGUUUACCGUAUGCCCUUCUCAUUUGCAUGCAUAUUUAUUACACUCGAGAUAUUGCUAGUUUAGCGCCCGGCGGAGCCCGCAGACACACCUGGAAUGUAUGGUAGCCACUGUUAACAUUUUCGCUAAUUUCAGCCAAACGAAACCAAACAAAAAAAAUAAAACAACAAUAAAAUAAAAGCCGCACACCACGUGCGCCGCUGAUAGGUGUGACCCUGUAUUGCCACUGAGUGUGUUGUAUUGUGCUGAGGUGCGAUUUUUUUAAAAUAAA